GCUGGCUUCAGGUACCAAAUUUGCCUCAGUUCUGCUCUCAUACUGUAUUUUGCUAUGUCCGCCCUUAAGCUUGUCGGACCCUUCGCCAUUCGGGAUACAGGAGCGCCUGUGACCUCGGGGGCCUAUACCACUCUGGUGAUGAUUCACGGCUUCGCAUGGCACAGCGGUGUAUUCUCCCGUAUGCUGCCAUUCCGCGGUAACAGCACGCGAAUCGUCCUCGUCAAUAGACGCGGCUAUCCGGGCUCUGCUCCAUUCAAUGAUGAAGAGCAUCGACUUCUCGAUGUCUCUCGCUCUGCUGACCUCAAAGUCGAGGAUUCCGUUCAUGUCUACAUGAAAGAUCGCGCUCGAGAGCUGUAUGACUUCCUCAACACCUUCAUCUACGAGGAGCGCAUUCCCCUUGCCUCCAUGAUUGUUUCGGGAUGGUCCUUUGGUUCUGUUUUUAUUUUCGCCCUGCUCGCGCACGCGCCCUCGUUUCCUCUGAGAGACGAGGCUCGCCCACUUACGAAAUACAUUAAGCGCGUUGUAGCCUACGAUCCACCUUACCAUUGUUUCGGAUAUACGCCUCCACCGAACUACUACAACCCUGCGACGCAAGAUCCUGUAAAUGGAGCACAGCUGUUUUCCCAGUGGGUCUCAGGCUACUACCAGCACGGCAACUCGCUCUCGGAGCUCGAGUUCCGCGUUCCUCUCAAGGACCCGCCCCCGAGUAUCCUCACCAUGUCUCCCAGCGACCUAGAGGACGCACUAUACAACACACCCGCCGUUCCCGGAGGUUCAGAUCACACGCUCGUGCACGUGGGUAUGACCCACGGCCUGUGGGAGACGAUUCGCAAGGCCGCGCUGUACAUACGCCGCUCCGCUCAGUCCGGCGCUCAGCCUGGCAAGGAGGCCGUCGCAAGUCCGUGGGACGACGUCGAGCUUCGUCACAUUUGGUGCGACCAAUCCGUUUGGGAGAUGCCGUGGGGGACGUGGGCUCUGCUUGCUGAGAUUGAGGAAGCAAAGGCAUCAGGGACGCCCAUGCGAAAGAUCUCCAUCAUGAGGCUGACUGGUGCAAACCACUUCCUUCAUUGGGAUCAGCCAGAGCGGGCCCUGGCUGCCCUAUUAUCUGAAACGACGCUGGAGAGCUGCGCGCGUUUAUGAGCGUAGAGGCAUGGCAAGCUGCGAAGACCUUAGACUGGCGUUGCACGAUAUGAGAUUCUCAUAUUUAUACCGUUCACGUCAUCGCGAAUGGUCGACGUUGCUGAAACCUACAUGUUCCCAUACGAGCUGCUAUUAGUAAGACGGAAGGGCUAUGCUGUCGAUAAUGCUCCCUAUGACCACUCAUGCUGUCAGGCAGAUUUGCAAUCACAUUAAG